UGAGCAAACUGUGGUAUUUUAUCUCUUGGCCACCUCCAGUAGAUUCUGCUAUAAAAGCAGCAGCCCCCUCGCAGUAGAUCUGCUCUGUCCUUCAGGUCAGGAGACCACACAGUCCACCAGCAUGAACCCUCUCCUCCUUGUGGCGCUGCUUGGAUGCGUUGCUGCUGUGUCUGCAGCCCCGGCUGAGAAAGUGAGAUGGUGCGUAAAGUCGGACCAAGAAUUAAGGAAGUGCACGGAUCUUGUAGCCGCGGCUCCUGCUUUCUCCUGUGUGAAGAAGGAAAGCACACUUGAGUGCAUUAUUGCAAUCAAGGCUGGUGAAGCAGAUGCAAUCACAGUAGAUGGAGGAGACAUUUACACAGCAGGACUGAACAACUACGAUCUACAUCCUAUCAUUGCCGAAGACUACGGAGAGACCUCAGACACCUGCUACUAUGCUGUGGCUGUCGUGAAGAAAGGAACUGGAUUUGGCUUUAGGGAUCUCGGAGGGAAGAAAUCUUGCCACACCGGUUUGGGAAAAUCUGCAGGCUGGAACAUUCCCAUUGGAACUCUGAUUUCAGAGAAUGUCCUUCAGUGGGCUGGCAUUGAGGACAAACCUGUGGAGGAAGCGGUAAGCACCUUCUUUCAAUCAAGCUGUGCUCCAGGAGCACCACGGGGCUCCAAACUGUGUGAAAUAUGCAAGGGAGACUGCUCCAGGUCCCAAAAGGAGCCUUACUACGACUACUCUGGAGCCUUCCAGUGUCUGGCGGAGGGUGCAGGCGAUGUGGCAUUUGUGAAGCACCUCACUGUACCCGAUUCUGAGAAGUCCAAAUACGAGCUGCUUUGCAAGGAUAAUACAAGAGCGCCCAUUGAUAACUAUAAAGACUGCCAUCUGGCCAGAGUACCUGCUCAUGCAGUUAUCACCCGCAAGGACCCAGAGCUGGCUAACCUGAUCUGGAACAGUCUCAGUGGUGUGCAGAAUUUCAACCUUUUCUCCUCUGAGGCUUACGCCCCUGCCAAAAAUCUAAUGUUCAAGGACUCAACACAGAAAUUGUUGCGAGUGCCUCCAAACACAGACUCCUUCCUGUAUCUGGGUUCUAAUUAUGUGAGCAUUGUCCACUCCCUCAAAAAAGAGUCCGCCACAGGAACUGCAUCCUCUGGCAUCAGAUGGUGCGCUGUUGGCCAUGCAGAGACUGUAAAGUGUGACGAGUGGAGCAUUAACAGCGUGACUGAUGACAGCGCCUCUAUUGAGUGCCAGAAUGCCCCAACCGUUGAGGAUUGCUUCAAGAAAAUUAUGCGCAAAGAGGCAGAUGCGAUGGCUGUGGACGGAGGACAGGUGUACACUGCUGGAAAGUGCGGUCUGGUUCCUGCCAUGGUGGAGCAAUACGAUGAACAGGCGUGUACUGGUCCUUCAGACACAGCCUCCUCCUAUUUCGCUGUUGCUGUGGUAAAGAAGACUUCAGGAGUGAACUGGGAGAACCUGAAGGGAAAGAAAUCCUGCCACACAGGCGUAGGCAGGACAGCUGGCUGGAACAUGCCCAUGGGCCAAAUCUAUUCCCAGACUAAAGACUGCAACUUCGCUAAUUUCUUCAGCAGUGGUUGUGCCCCAGGUGCCGAACCCAGCUCUCCAUUCUGCCGUGAGUGUAAAGGUAGCGGCAAAGCCGUGGGAGAUGAAGCCAAGUGUAAAGCCAGUGCUGAAGAGCAGUACUAUGGUUAUGCUGGAGCUUUCAGAUGUCUGGUUGAAGGUGCUGGUGAUGUAGCCUUCAUUAAACACACAACUGUUGGAGAAAACAGUGAUGGUAACGGUCCUGAAUGGGCUCGUGGUGUGAAUUCUAAUGACUACCAGUUGAUCUGCCCUGGAAAGGAUCCAAUGCCCCUCUCUGAGUAUAUGUCUUGUCACUUGGCCAAGGUCCCAGCACACGCUGUGGUAACCCGCCCUGAGAUUCGUGAUAAUGUGGUUCGCAUCCUCCAGGACCAGCAGACCAAGUUUGGAGCCCGCGUGGAUUCCACGUUCAGAAUGUUCUCAUCAACCAAUGGAAAGAACCUCCUCUUCAAGGACUCCACCAAAUGUCUCCAAGAAAUUCCAUCUGGAAGAACUUUUAAGGAGUUUUUGGGAAAUGAGUACAUGGCCGCCAUGUCCUCACUGAGAGAAUGCAGUGACACUGCUUCAGAUCUGGAGAAAUCUUGCACUUUCCAUACUUGCCAGCAACCCUAAAGUGUAGUGAACAGUUUCCCAUCAUUCCAUCAUUGAUUCAGCAACACUUCCUACAUUCACCAUCCAAAUCAAAUUGCGAGCUGAUCUUGCAAUCUGCUUUUUUUUUUUUCAAAAUAACAACAGAAAUAUUACACACUUAAGAUAAACAAUCAUGGGAUCAUUUUAUUUUAGCUAUCUGUUGGAAAAAAUAUCAGACUUCCAACAUGACAUGAUUGAUUUUGCUUUGUUAACCACUUUACUAUUUCCAAAUAAAACUUCUCAAAAACUU